UGUACCGUUAUCAGAGAAAGUACACCUUUAGAAGAUAUGAGAUAUAUUUGUGUUGAAGAAAUGAUAGCAACAUUUCUACUCAUUGUGGGUCACAAUGAUUGGUAUUGUAAUGUUCGUCAAAGAUUUGGUCGUUCACAUUUCGCAACUAGUCAAAACUUUAACAAAGUUUUGAAGGCAUUAAACACUAUAGCACCACAAAUGAUGGUCAAGUCGGGAUUUGCCGUGCCUUCUAAAAUAAGAGUUAACACAAGAUUUUACCCCUACUUUAAGGAUUGCAUUGGUGCCAUUGAUGGCACUCAUAUUCCUGCAAUGGUAAAUGGUCGUCAAGUAAGUAGUUAUCGUAAUCGUCAUGGUAUUCAGUCCCAAAAUGUGUUAGCAGCUUGCAACUUUGAUUUAGAAUUCAUAUAUGUGCUUAGCGGGUGGGAAGGAUCUGCACAUGAUUCAAAAAUGCUAAAUGAUGCAUUAUGUAGAAGAAAUGGACUUGAAGUGCCUCAAGCUAUGUGGGCCGAUAGACCACAAAAUGAUGCUAAUGAGGAGAAUGAAGAAGGUUUUGCUGAUAAUGAAGUUGAAAUGGAAGACUAUGUUGUUUACUAAUUUUAUUUAUCAAUUAUCUUUUAAAAUUUUGAACAAUGUCUUCUUUUGAGUUGUCUUUAUAAUUUUAUUAUUGAUGAGUUUUGACAUACAAGAAGUAUAGUUCAGAGAUAAUAACAAUUUGAGAUGCAAAAACAAAUUUAUUGCUUAUUUUAUUUUAAUAAAUAUAUUACGACAAU